UAAUUUCAAGUCAACGGGAUGUUUUAGUGUCAUUUCAAAUCCUACUGCAAGAGAACACACAUUUCAAUUGGUCUUAAACCUGCUUGUUAGUGCCAGAACUUCAAGCAUUAGCUAGCAGCAGCUAAUCUAGCCUAGAGUCUAAAGAGCAUGGUACUGAGGUCUGAUAAGCUCAACUCUUUCCUACUCCACACCCCCAUUUUUUUCAUUUUCAGACUUGUACUCCUCAAUUCCAACCAAUAUUUUCUAAAUUUUCUCAAUUUAUGAGAUUUUGUGCAACUCACUGUAUAGCCACAGAAGGCUUUAAGGCAACUUCUUUCAAUGAAUGUAUUGAGGAAAACUGGAUGCUGAAUGUCAGUAACAGGCAUUUGUUUAUAAGGAUGCAUCUUCAUCUUCUGGCUUUGCAGUGAAAAUAUACUCAUAAGGGACAAAUUCGAGGAAAAUCUUGAACUCUUGGCCCUUAAAGUGAGGGAAACCGGUGGUUCUGCUCUGCUUUAAGGGCUAUUUUGCUGGCAUGGUUUUGUUCCACUCAUCUCCUUAGUGGGGAGGGUCACUGCAGAUCAUUACACAGCUGUUCUGAGUGAUCAACUUGAUCUUUUGAUGAAACUUUUAUAUACUUGGGCUCGUUGUCUCUUCCAGAAUGACUAUGUCCCCACUCAUAGUGUGUGAAUCAUGGCUAUGGCCUUCACAGUUAUCAGGUCCAAAAUCAGGGGAUUUUUGGACUCCACCACCACCAUCAAAACAACAACUGAGGAAAUAUCCUUUGAAAGCAUGGUUUUCAAUCCCUGCAAUAUAUUACAGAUCAACUGAAGAAUUCUGAUUUGUUUGUUGUCUGAGGCUGAUAUGCUGAGUUGUUUUUUAAUGAGGAGACUUCCUUUGGUGAGAUUUAUAAAGUAAAACAGUAAAAGCUCAGACAGAGGACAAUAUAUCCAAAAUACUGGAGCCUUUUUUAUGUAAAUUGAAUGUUCAAAAAUGUGCUCUUUUUUGGAAUAUGUGGAACUUAACAUUGAAAUUUGUAUUAAAGCCAUCCAGGUUGUUGUUAAGUGUCUUGUAAGCCCAAAUAGGCUGGAUGCCAGAAAGGUGUUGGACUCUCAAAAAAACAAUCGAUCAGUUAAUGUUGAACGAAUGCCAAGUUGUAUUGAAGCUGUUCUGAAGGCACUUGGUGGUGACAUAUUGUUGUUUUUUUGUUCUAUAGUUUGCCACCUGUCUGUACUGUAAGUACACCAAUGGUUCGUCAUAUUCUUGACAUUAAUCACAGCAUAGACUUUAUUUCAUCAGGAAUAAUGGAUCAGCAGAGGGUCACGCUGGCGGGGUGAACCAUUAAUCUUCUUUGAAUGCAUGCAAAAUAUUUUGGACGUUGCCUAAUAGCAUAUGCAAAUGAAUUGGCCUGCUUGGUAUAUCGAAAUAGUUGUCAGAAAAGUGACUGUCAGCUUUCAGGAAAACUUUAGUUUGGAGCGUGCUCAGCAAUGUGUUAAAAUCUUAAAGAGCGAAGAGUUUAAUUUGAUAGAAAAGAAGGCUGUCUACGUCGAAUGUUGGAGACGUAAAGUCCAAUGUAAUAACAACAAAAAUGUCGCAAAUGCACAAAAUAAAAUGGCCGUUGCAUCUGCCCUCAUCAUUUUUAACAGAUGUGACCAGAAUUGGCAUGCAGUGUACACAAUGCGUGGGCGAGUUCAUUUGUGUACAUGUCACUGGUGUGUACACAACUACCCAAGUGCUCGUUUCAUUGUUGUUUUAGUCUAGUUUUUGAGUUUUUUUUUCCCCUUCAACUGACAUUGAUAUGCAGCGCUGCACAAAAUAAACAAAACACCUUCCAAUUCAUCAAGGAUGUAGUGAAGGGGGCCACCUGUGCAGCCGGAACAGCGUGAAUCCAUCCUGAAAUGGUUUCCCUGAUUUUCCAGGGAGUUCUCCCCCUUUUUAGUGAUGGAGGUAUUGCAGUGUGAUGGCUGUGACUUCCGCGGUGAGUCAUAUGACGACUUGAAGACCCACAUACAGGAAGUGCACACUGUAUUCCUGCAGCCUGCAGAUGCAGAUGAGUCUGAUUCUCUGAAAGAUGAGGAGGAAGACGGGGAAGUGGAAUUUCAAGAUGAGGAAGACAAGGAUUAUACGCCUCCUAAAGCUGGAAUGAGCCCCAACUCUACUGACAGUCCCAACCAAGCAUCACAAAAGCAGACAGCUGAAACCCAUCUGCCGUUUUACCAGUGCAAGUUCUGUGUCCGUUACUUCAGAUCAAAGUCAUUCUUAAGAAACCACACCAAAAAGGUGCAUAAUGUCAUAGAGGAUGAUUCAGAUGCAAGUAUCUCCUCACAGACAGCUAAGCAGCCCAGCUACACUGUUAUAAGGCACAAUGACAAUUCAAAAGUGUAUUCCUGUCAGUAUUGCACAUACAAGUCUCCACGCAAAGCAAGGAUAGUGAAACACCAACUAAUGUAUCAUAACAAAGUUCCCUCAGAUAGUGGUGGAGAUCCUCCUGAAUAUGUCGAUACUGGGGAGGAAUCUGAUUCAGCGAGUGGGAUCAUGAAGGGGACGUUUGCCUGUGAAUGGUGUGACUAUCAGACUGACCAGAAAGACAGCUGGACUAAUCACGUGGUGAAGGAACACAGUGACAAGGUCAAGAUAGUUUCCUCCACCGCGGAGCUGGAAGGGGAGGCGAGUGCAAGCUCACCCAAACCAGAUUCUCCCUCCUCUUCCCAUAGCCCGGCUAGAUCAAAGGCAAAUUUUGCUGAGGUUUGUGGGAAGGAGGAGUCAGUUGGAAACACACCAGAAAACACCUUGAAAAAGUCAGCUGCAGAGAUCUCCUCCUUCCAGUAUGCACAGAUGAGUGCAGUAACACCCAACAGCACGGGUUCCUCCAUUUUAUCAAAAAGGUUUGCAUCAUCUGACGUCCCGAACAGUGUCGCAGAGAUGGAUACCAACUUACUCAAUGAAGAAGAGUCAAGGAGCAGCUUGGAGGAUGAUGAUGACGAAGAGUUGGGUGACAUAGAUGAUCCCAGCUAUACAGGAACCUUAUCUGCAGACGCAAAGCAGCUAUUGACAGAUGAAGAUAAUAAAUUACUGGAGACUAAAGGGAUUCCGUUUAGAAAAUACAUGAACCGGUUUCAGUGCCCCUUCUGCUCCUUCCUCACCAUGCACAGACGGAGUAUCUCCCGCCACAUUGAAAACAUUCACCUUUCCGGCAAAACCACAGUGUAUAAAUGUGAUGAAUGCCCGUUUAUUUGCACCAGCGCUCUGAAACUAGGCACGCACAAACAGAGCCACAACUCCUCAGAUUUAGAGACCUUGGACCUAACAAGUGAUAGUCCAAAUCCUCAGAAGGACGGUGGCGCAGAGCCAGUUAAUGGGGGUAAUGUAAGUUCCAAAGUCAAUGGAAAAAAGACAACCAGCACAUCAAACGACCAGCAGAACCCUCAUCGCUGCACACUUUGCAGCUUCUCUACCACUACUCUGAAAGGUCUGAGGGUCCACCAGCAGCAUAAGCAUUCCUACUGUGAUGACCUAGAUCCCACUGUCUUUGAAACCCAGAUGACUGACCAGCCAGAUUCUGAAGUGGAUGCCUCUCCAAUCUUUCUACAAAAAACCCAGACUUCCAUUUUAGGACUCGCCACCAAAAAGUCCUUAGGAACAGGGAAGAGAGCCAGGAAGUCCAUCAACGACUUGCCUUUGGAUUUGUCCUCAGUCAAAAAGAGGACUAGAAUUGAUGAAAUUGCCAGUAACCUUCAAAGUAAAAUAAGCCAAAGCCAACAGGACACCAUCAUAAAUCUGGACGAUAUGGAUGAUGAAGAUGCUGGAGAAAAUCAUGCCAGUGCUGAUGAGAGUGGAAGCUAUGACAACAAAAACCCCAUCUUUGCUUACACACAGCAUCUUCAUUCAAGAGAUAUGAUGUCUCAUGAUGGAGGCAGAAUAGGGAAACGAAAAAGCAACCCCAAAUCAAAGCCUAGAAGCAUUCCUAUUUCACUGACUCUCUCAGAUGAUAGUGAAAACAUCUCUGCUGAUCCCAGUGACGGUACAGCCCAAGACAACAUGGAAUUUUCAGAGGACACAGGAACCACACGUUUCUACUGUAAACACUGUGAUUAUCACAACAAAUCAGCCCGUAGCGUUAGCACCCAUUACCAGAGGAUGCACCCUUACAUCAAGUUCAGCUUUAAAUACAUCCUGGACCCAGAAGACCAGAGUGCAGUCUUCCGCUGCUUAGAGUGCUAUAUUGAAUACACAAAUUACAACGAUCUACACCAACACUACAUGGAUCACCAUCCUGAAGCAAGCAACGUGCUCAACUUCAACCAGCCACAUCUGUUGUACAUGUGUCGCUUCUGCUCGUACACAAGCCCUAAUGUGAGGAGCCUGAUGCCCCAUUACCAAAGAAUGCAUCCCACGGUGAAAAUCAACAAUGCCAUGAUCUUCUCAAGCUAUAUUGUGGAGCAGACCCCCAAAUCUGGUGAAUCGCAAACUCUGAGGGAAAUAUUAAACUCUGGUCCCAAGAACUUUAACUCAGCAACUUCAAUGCCGAGGUCCUCCUCAAGCCCAGGGCUGAAAGCCGUUUCCAAGUCCCCUGAAGCCAGCGCUGAAGCAGAACCUCUCAAAGAAGCUAUGGGCGGUAAUAUUGUCAUCUAUGAUUGCGAUGUAUGCUCUUUUGCCAGCCCGAACAUGCACUCUGUUUUGGUCCACUACCAGAAGAAACAUCCAGAGCAGAAGGCGUCUUAUUUCCGUAUACAGAAAACUAUGAAGGUCAUCUCCGUGGAUCAGUCCCAGCCUGCAGCCAACUGUUCGUUCAGCCCCAGCAUGUCUUCAACACCAAAACAAGCAAUUGCAGCACUGUAUGGAUCAGAUGAAGAAAUGUACUACUGCAAACAUUGUGUGUACAGCAAUCGAUCUGUUGUUGGUGUGUUGGUCCACUAUCAGAAACGACACCCAGAAGUCAAAGUGACGGCAAAAUAUAUCAAAAAUGGCGCUCCUACCCCCGGUUUGAUGAAACUAAUGGAUGAAUUGCAAAUUGCAACUCCCAAACAGUUUUUGAAGCAGUUCCAAAAUAAUGGUCACGAUGGAUCUAACAACUCAAGUCCCAAAACAGGAAGUGGUGAGAAAGGUGAGGAUGAGCUGUUCUUUUGUCAGCACUGUGAUUAUGGCAACCGUACUGUAAAAGGAGUGCUUAUUCACUACCAGAAGAAGCACCGGGAAACCAAGGCCAACGCUGACCUCGUACGUCGCCACACUGCAGUUGUCCGGAGUCAGCGUGAGCGUGCACAGAUGGUUCAGUCAGGUAGUGUCUCUUCUGCCAUGAUCCCAGCAGCUCCAGAGAGUGAAAACGCUACACCUUUGCGUUCCCUCAAGUGCAGACACUGUUCCUACACAUCACCUUAUGUCUAUGCCCUCAAGAAGCACCUGAAGAAAGAACAUCCCACUGUGAAAGCCACAGCCAUGGCUAUUCUGCACUGGGCUUACCAAGAUGGCAUUCUGGAGGCUGGCUAUCACUGCGAGUGGUGUAUAUAUUCCCAUGCUGAACCCCAGGGCCUGUUGCUCCACUACCAAAGACGUCACCCAGAACAUAAUGUUGAUUACACAUACAUGGCCAGUAAACUAUGGGCUGGGCCUGAAACCACCCAGCAAGGGGGCAAUAUGGAAAAUAAACAUUACAAAUGUAAAGACUGUGCCUUUGAGGCCUUGUCAAUAUGGGACAUCACUAGUCACUAUCAGGCAGUCCACCCCUGGGCAAUCAAAGGGGAUGAAUCUGUGCUUUUGGAUAUCAUCAAAGGGAACGUCUCAGUCGAAAAGAUCCACCAGCAGGUUGCCAAAGAACAUGUGACUCUGAAUUGUCAGUCUGUUGAAGAUGAUGGAGCAUUGAUCAUUGCCACGCCACCCCAAGAAAACAAUCCCCAUCAUCCUGCCCACCCACGCCUUUCCAUCUCUAAUAAUGCUUAUCAGUGUACUGUAUGUCUGUCCGAGUACAACAGUCUCCAUGGCCUCCUCACUCACUAUGGAAAGAAGCACCCAGGCAUGAAAGUAAAAGCUGCAGAUUUUGCACAGGAGGCAGACAUCAAUCCCAGUUCUGUGUAUAAAUGUCGUCACUGUCCGUACGUAAACUCCCGCAUCCACGGAGUCCUAACUCACUAUCAGAAAAGACACCCGCUAGUGAAAGUCACAGCAGAGGACUUUGCCGAUGAUAUAGAGCAGAUCAACGAGUUACAUGAAGGAGAUGACAAGUUCAAAACUCAAAGGCAAGGCUAUGGUGCAUACAGAUGCAAAAUGUGCCCGUACACACACGGAACACUGGAGAAACUCAAAAUCCAUUAUGAGAAAUAUCACAAUCAGUCUGCUUCUGACAUGUUCGCUCCCUCUCUGACAAUUUUUGCGUCCGGUAAAGAUACAGAGCCAGUAGCCGAAUGCAGUGCCAGUAAUAUAUCAAGCACAGCAAAAGUCCAAGAGGUCAGCGAAUUGGACCUUGCCCUCUCCCAGUUACCCAUCAAUAAGACCGAGAAACAUGCUGUAUUCAAGUGUCAGCUCUGCAAAUACUUCUGCUCUACUAGGAAAGGCAUCGCUCGCCACUACCGCAUCAAGCACAACAACGUCCGUGCUCAGCCAGAGGGUAAAAACAAUGUCUUCAAAUGCGCUCUGUGUUCAUACACUAACCCUAUACGCAAAGGUCUGGCAGCACACUACCAGAAGCGCCAUGAUAUCGAUGCGUAUUACACCCACUGUCUGGCUGCUUCCAAGACUAUAACUGAAAAACCAGCCAAAGUGAUGGCUCCUCCGCCGUCAGAAGGGGACAGUUCGGAAAUGAGUGAAGACUUGCGUUUGGCUGUGGAGAGACGAAGGUGUUCUCUUUGCGCCUUCCAGGCCUUCAGCAGGAAGAGCAUUGUUUCACACUACAUUAAACGCCACCCAGGUGUCUUCCCCAAGAAGCAGCAUUCUAGCAAGCUUGGUCGCUACUUUACUGUUAUAUAUGCCAAAGAACCCGAGGAAACUGCUGUUAGUGCAUUGGCAGAGGAAGACAAGGAAGUGCUGGAGGUUCCCCUUGAACCCGAGCAGGACAGCGAGGUUGAAUGGCUGCCAUUCAAGUGUCUAAAAUGCUUCCGGUUGUCCUUUAGCACAGGAGAGCUGCUCUCUAUGCACUACAACGACCACCACAGCAAUGACUUAAAGAGGGACUUUGUGGCAUCGACUGAUACUGGGGAGGAGGACUCUGAGUUGUACCAGUGUUCUCACUGUGAACUGAACUUCCUUGGUCUCCCUGUUCUGGCCAAACAUCUGCUGAAUCACAAUGACGAGUUUCAGAAGAGGGCCAUGAGGCAGGAGAGGAGGAAGCAGCUUCUCAGCAAGCAGAGGCCCGCAGAGCUGCCUGAGAAUAAACCUGAGAAGGAAAACCCUGUUGAUAGAACUCCCAUAGGAUUCAGGUGUAAGUUCUGUAUAGAAAUACACCCGACGCUCCGAGCAAUCUGCAACCACCUGAGGAAGCACGUCCACUACGGAGAGGUCAGAGAGGGACACGUCAAACAGGAGGUCAGUGAGGUCCCGCUGACGCUGCCCUCUGAGAGCCUAACUAAUGGCGACUUGGAGGGCGAUGAAACAGCAGAAAGCGAUGUCCUGGAGAGACCUGAAGAUACAUCGAUGGGCCCACCCUUCUCCACAGCUUCCGAUGAUGUUGCUGUUGCCGUGGAGACCCUGGAUCCAGAGGCGGAUGUCGUUGAAGGAAGGGCAGCGGCCCUUGUGGCUGCAGCCCGGGCCGUGGUGUCGGAGAGCCAGCUGAAGCAGCGGUUAGCGGCCGGAGGUCACGCAUGUGCCCAGUGCGACCGAGUCUUCAUGUCCAUGCAGGGACUGAGGUCCCACGAGAGGAGCCACUCGGCUAUGGCCCUGUUCAGCAGAGAAGACAAAUACAGCUGCCAGUACUGCCAGUUUGUCUCACCCUUCAGACACAAUCUGGACAGACAUGUGCAGUCUCACCACGGGCACCACAAGCCCUUCAAGUGCAAGCUCUGCCCCUUUAAAUCUGCCUACGUGAGCCGCUUGAAGAGCCACCUGCAUAAGGCACACACAGGUGAGCAGCACACAUACAAGUGCUUGUCGUGCCCCUUCUCCUCCAUGACCAUCAGCCGGCUGAAGGAACACUCUCUGAGAGACCACGGCGAGGCCCUGACCCUUCCAAAACUCCGAGCUGCUACCCAGGCUGCGCAUGCCGCCCUCAAGCCCUCCCGACUGCCCAGCAACGCUGAGCAGACUCCCAUGGCCCCAGAUGAUCCAUCGUACCUGGAGCCGGCCGACGUCCGUCAGCAGCUCAGUCAUUACCAGCUGGCCAGUCAAAUGUCUUCCUGCUUGACUCCUGGUGGCUCAUCACUGGGUGAGUGUCGUCCAGAAGCUGCCCUCACAUGCGAGUUCUGCGAGUUCACCUCCGGAUACAUGCAGAGUCUGCGCCGGCACUACAAGGACCGCCACGGUGGCAAGAAGCUCUUCAAGUGCAAAGACUGUUCCUUUUUCACCUGCUUCAGGAAUACCUUCACCAUGCAUGUGGAGGCAGGUCACAACAACAUUGUACCUGAAGAUCUCCCCAAAGACCUGCGCUGCCCUCUCUGCCUCUACCACACCAAACACAAGAGCAACAUGAUCGACCACAUCGUUCUCCACAGAGAGGAGCGCGUGGCUCCGCUGGAGGUCAGCCGCUCCAAGCUGUCGCGCCACCUUCAGGGCCUGGUUUUCCGUUGCCACAAAUGCACCUUCACAUGCUCCAGCGAUCAGGCCCUGCAGCUUCACCUGCAGAAGCACGCUGAGAUCAAGCCCUACCAGUGCCAGCUCUGCUAUUACGACAGCAGCCGACGGAGCCAGCUAGAGGAGCAUCUACGCCUUGAGCACAAGGUUAUCCGAAACUUUGAGCUGAUGGGUCGAGUCAACCUGGACCAGCUGGAGAUGUUACAGGAACAAGGGAGCAGCGCAGAGGAGGACGAGGAGAGAGACAUGAUGGAGAUGGUAGCAGAUGAAAAUGUUGCUCUGGAGGAGGAGGAAGAGGAGGAAGAAGAUGAUGAUGAUGAAGGAAUGGAAAUUAUAGAGAACCUAGUGGAGGACCAGAGAGAGAUGGACGGUGACGAGAUGGAUGACAGCAUCAGGGACGAAGAGGAGGAAGAGGAGGAGGAAGACGAAGUCAAAGAAGUAGAGCAGGAAAAGCCGCCCCUGCAAGAGGUCCUUGCAUCUUCCAUCAGCAGCAGCAGCAGCAGCUCUGGGCCAAGCAGUGUAGAGAAGCGUCUUCCCUGCGAGUUCUGCGGUCGCUGCUUCACCAACAGCUUCGAAUGGGAACGGCAUGUCCUUCGACAUGGCAUGACGGUUAACAACAGCCUGCUGGACACCAGCACCACUUCAGCAAUAGAGGCUUCAGCUCCAUCUUCCACCGGCUCCUCUGUGCUCUUUGACGCAAAGCUGGACCUGUCCAGCAACAGACAAGAGGAAGGGAACCCUGCUGAUCUAUCACUGACAAGUCAAAGCCAGUAUGUAGAAGACAAAGACAUGCUUGACACCAAAAAGGAUCAACAGUUUGGUUGAACUGAUUGUGGCCUCUUGGAAUACUGUGCUAGAAAACAUUAACAUUGGGUAGGAUCAGUGCUGCGUGGGAUUGGAAAAAUAAGAUGUCAGAGGAAACAAAAAGGUUGAAACUUAAAAAAGUGACUUUUUAUGAGUUGGUGCAUUAUUAGAUUUUAGGUGUUACAUAUAUAAGUAUUAGGUUGUGCUGCAUAAAAUGGCUGAGCUCUUUAAAUGGGCGGUCCCCUAGGACAGAUCUUAAUAUAUUGGUAACCAAUAGUGAACAGAACUCUUUAUUGCUGACAUUCUGGUCAAAUCUACAGUGAAAGAUCCCACCUAGACAAAACUAAACUAUUUAUAAGAAUGUUGUCCAAAAUGAUGAACUAAAUUUAGCUUUUUAUUAUUUGAAGCACCUUUUACACUCCUCCCUGUUCAUCCAAAACAGGGGUAAUGUAAAUUUACCGAAAACGCAAGAAACAAUAUAUGAAAGCAUUUACAACCACGGCCCACUGUAGAGCAAUCUCUUCUGAUUUUUUGUCGAACUUUGAGACUUUUUUUCAUCUUAGCCUUGUGUUAAACUUAUGGAGGUUUUCCUUGAAGAAGAGUCGCACCUUAUCUAUUUUAGUAAAAUCGUGCUUUCAUGACAGUAUGCCCCAAUGUUUGUAGCAAAUUGCUAUAAUUUAGGUCCCUUAAUAUUAUACUACGUAUAAGCCUUCAGCCUGUUGCGCCCUUCAAAUUUUAACUGUGCUGUUUUUAUCGUCCAGUAAUUUCACUGAUCAAAUCAUCAAAGUUAGUGGGGUUUAUUUAAAUUUCCCUGUCCCUCUAAACUAUCAUUUUGUUUGUAGUCCAGGCUGAAUAAUUUUGCAGUUGCCCUGUGCACUCAGCAUAUCAGUAUAACAACAGAUGUAUGUGUUAAAUGUGUCAUAUCUCGACCCAUAUCCGUUCACGAUUAACCUGGAACACUACAGCCUUUCACCAUAAUGUCAUCUUUACCAAGAGACCGAGAUUACACUUGUCUUUUCAAUGCAAAAUUUGUGACUGGGUGUGCCAGAAUCCAGUUCUGUCCACAUUCUUUGGAGGCGGCGUAGCGUCCACACCUCACAGCAACAGAUCCCGGAGGUAUGAUCCUCUGGGUGUGUUCUGAUUCGCUGGAUCACACUGUGCACAGGGUCGGACCACACUUUAUCAGACCACCACGGCUGAGUUUAGAAACCAGUGCUUAAGUGCCUUAAAAUGCAGUUCCUCUAAUGGCCACUGUAUGGCUUUAAUCGCUUUAGAAAUACAAACUCUAUUAAAGUAAGAAAACCCCCAACUUCUCUCAAAAGCUUGCCUCAACAGCUGAUUUAACAACGCGUGCCUUAGUGGCAUUUUGGAAAGACUCUCUUUAAUUAAGACCAGAUUACAUCAAAUUAAACUCUUGCUUAUUAUAAUUGCACAGACUAUGCGCCAGUACAAUGAAAUGUGAUUUAGCAUCUAGUGCAAGGAAUGAGGCUCAAAGCAUUGGUUUAACAAGAUUACCACAAAAAAACAUUCUCAUCUAUCUUUAGUAGUUUUUAGCCAUGCAAAUGUUUCAUUUUAUUGUGAAAGUUUUAAAAAAUAUCAAUUUUUAACGUUUGUGCAGCCCCCCUGAUCUAAUAGAAGUGAAUGAAGUUUCAUUAGGUACAUUUACACCGUUGAAAAAUCCAACUGUUCUGUAGAAGGGGAUGUUGUUUAUGGACACAAAUGCUGCUGUUGAAUUCUCUUAACUAUGUUUUUUUUAAAUGUUUUGAGCACCACAAAUUUCAGGCUAAAAUGUGUAAUCGGCGGAUGUCUUGGCCUUCCACGUAAAGCUCUAGUGACGAUAUUAUCCCCCGUUUCCUCCAUAUUGUCCGUAUUAGCUUGCAUCGAGCUGUAGUCUAUUGUCCAGUUUUGACGUGAAGAGAUCCACUGAAAAGACAAGUGUAACUAGAGCAGAAAGUCCUAAUUCCAUUUCUUUCUACACGUAUAAUAUAUAUAUAUAUAAAUGACACUGGUACUAUGUGUUAAAGAUCAACUUUUUAAAAGGUGUCAGACUCCCCAACUUUUAAAAACCCCUUUAAAUUUUCAUUCUGUAUUGACACACCUGUCGUAGUCUGCAUUUGUGUGCUUCUUUUUAGACAAAGUUGUUAUAUUAUUGUUGAUAUUGACAAAAGGCAGAGAUUGUAUUUGCUGGAAGUUGCUGCUUGAAUGCCCUAAAGCCUUAUGAGAAGUGAAUAGCAAUUAAGUCAAAUUCGUGUCCAAUUCCAAUAAGACCAACAAGCAACAUUAAACAGACUGAAGCAAAAUGACGACUAAAUCCAAUGUCCAAUUUGUAGAAGAACACAACUAAUGUAACUGUGUUCUUGGUACCAAAAUAUUUACCAAGCCUGCUGUGUUUGCUGCUGUAAUUGUCUUUGUUAAGCAUUGAACCAUUGAUGGAAACGGGAAAUCUGGGUUUGGACCAUAGAGUUUUGGAAUUGGAGUUCUGUGGGCAGAACUCUGAUGAACUACAUGUUUGCAGCCAUGUAUAGAAAACAAAACUACUCGUUAAGUGUUUGAACUGUGGUGUUUCAGAAAGGAUAAUUUAACCCUUUUUUCCUUUAGGUGUUCUCAUUUUUAAAAAAGUAAAAAGAAAAAAAGAAAUCUAAAGAUGAUAGCUAACCCUUAGGGGCUUUUGAGACCCCAAUCCAACAUUAUUACGCUGUUGUACAAUGUCUGGUUACAAUGAAAAAUAUCCCUUUUUUUGUACUGUAAUGGGAAUGAGCAGAUAGGAAGCGCAGUGUGGUUGUACAAUAUCAAACAUAAAGGAAAUGUAUGCAGUUCUCUACUAAUUAAUGGCCAGGGCUUGUAUUAUGAAGAACAAAAGCAUGGAAAAGGACAACACAAGCAAACAAUGGUUCCCUUGGGAGCAUUUACCUAAACUGCUGGUCCUUUUCUGGGCUUGACCACCAUCUGGGUUCCAAGUCAGAUCCCUGUGAGAUCUAGCUCAUUCAUACAAAAUGUGACACUCCAGUAUCUUCUAUCCAUGACAAAAAAGGGUGUCUUACUCCAAGUGCACCCACCCGUAGUGUCUCCACUCAACAAUAAGUGGGAAUGUAGCAGUCCUGCUCUGCUCCUCAGUCCGUCGAAUACCUGAAAACCGGUUGAGUUGGUGCUGAAUCUCAAAGCCCCCGUUUGUCUGUUUUACUGGACCAGCUUGUAUCUUUUUGAACGUAAAACAGUUUGAAAAUAGUUGUUGUAGAAAUAAGCUUUGCAAGGCAGCUUGUCGCCCAGCUUGAAAGCCCAGCGUAAACCAGAUGAUGAAUUGGGACAAUCUGGGUAAUGAAGCUGUCAACCCAAAAUUGUUUGUUGUUCUGUGAUCAUUUUAAUAGAAAAUGACUAUGAAUCCCUCACUGUGUGCAGUCUCUAGACUGUAAUAUUCCCAGUUUACCCAAAGUUAAGCCCCUGCUGACAACACACUGGAUACUUGUAUAUAUGUUUAGUUUGUUUCCAAUGCAUUUCUCUUUUCAGACUGUUGUCUCCAUAGUUUGACACUAGAAUCUCUCCUUCUUGCCUUUUUUCCCAUAUAAAUCUGAUUACCUGAUGGUGGGUUGUGAUGUUGCCUAGAAUGAUUGUUUACAAUUUUAUUCCAUUUAUCUCUGGAUAUUCUGUAAAUAUUGUAAUUCAUUGUCUUUUUUUAACUUGAUAAUAAAGUUAUCAGAUAACAGUUAA